AUGCCCUACAACACCCGCCGGAAAUCGCUGUCGCUGCCGUCACUCGGCAUACAGCUGCCAGGAGCACCGCGACCUGCGCGCUCACCGCCUUCGACAAGCGACGGUCAGCACGCCGCAAAGAAACAGAAACGCUCACAUUCCGGCUCACUCUCGUCGGUGCCACCAUCACCACCGCGCCCCUCGUCACUGCGCUUGGAUGAGCAGCGACCCAAAAGCUCAGGCCGGGUGGCAGACACCCCGCCACCUUCGCCAGGCGGCGAGUCUGGGACGACAAAGAUUGACACCCAAGGCAUCGACGACGAAAUUGUGGUUGGCGUUAUCGAACAGCUCCAGAAGACAGGCAACCGUCCCCACCUGCUAAAAGAACUCGCCCUCGUUCUGUCGCCCAUUAUUCCAAUCGUUGAGAGCUCCGCGAACCCAGCUGCCAUCAUCUCGUCACGCCUAGCCACCUACUUGAAGCGCAAUUGGACAGCUCUGUCGAGAUGUCCGCUCGACAAGAAGCUCGUUGGUACUCACCCCAAGCGUGUCUACUACUUCCUCUCCACCUGCCCGCAUCAACCUAUCCCAGCCGACGGAAGUGCCACCGCCAUCGCACCACGCAUCGUCACCCCAUCGCUCUCGUCUGCAACCUCGGAAGAGGAAGACAUGGAUGCGAGAUCAAGAGAUCGCAUGUCGCCGUCGCCAGAGCUAGACCUGUCUGACUACGACAGCGUCAACAGCGAUCCCUUCUCCAACCAGAGCCAUCCACCCACGACUGCAAACAUCUCGCACAACCGCCGGGCUCAAUCGCCGCCUUUAGAAAAGGACGAGCGCGAGUUCACCCAGACUGCCUCGUUUCUCCAACAACGCCGCAUGAGCCAGGAGGCCGAGCGCGAGCGAUCUGCUAGCGUAUCCGCCGAUUCAACACAACAUAGCGAUGUCAAGAUGGAAGAAGUCGCCGUUUCCGUCGAGGAGACUGUAGAAAGCGCCGCACUCAAGGACUCGGAGGCGGCAGCAGCACUCUUUGGUCAGAUGGACCAUCUUAUGACGUUCCAGAGCAGCCCUGCGAUGAAACCGGUCCUCCACAUCGAAAUGCCUCCACCGUCGCUCAAGCGCAAAUCGGUAAAACUUGAGCUCGACGACGACUGGAUCAUGAAGAGCCCGGAGCUUAUUGAUCUUGACGAGCUUGAUGAUCUUUUCGGCGGCUACUAA